AUGGCCUCCGGCCCUGGAGGAAGCUGGGGUCAGCCCCAACCGCAGAGUGCAGCCCGGACGCCCUGGAUGACCGUCCUGCAGCCUGUCACAUGGGCCGUCCCACCGCCGCCCCCGCAGCCGGGCCGAGUGAAGGAAGACCUGCUGGAACUGAUGUUGCUGCAGAACGCACAGAUGCACCAGCUGCUGCUGAGUGGCCUGGUGGCAGCAGCGCUCCACCCGGGGCCAGCCUCUUGCCACCCACAGGUCUACCUGGAGGGUCAACAGGAGGAGGAGGAGGAGAUGCAAGCCCAGGAGGAAGGGCCUUUGGUGUUUCAUCACCACUACCUGCCCUGCCCGAUGCCCAUGCUGGGCCCCUCGCUACCCUGGCCAGUCCCUUUCCUUUCCCUCCCCCCACAUCAGCCUCACUUGCAGAACACAUCCAGGAUUCAGCACUGCCCUCCUGCCUCUGGGAAAAGGGGGGGAAGAACCAUAACCGUGCCCCCACCCCCACCCCCUAGUGCCACAGGCACUGUGGGUGCGGAUGUACCCCCGGCUUCAGACUACUGUGAUGCCGAGAGCCUACCGUGA